CAGAGAUGCACGCGGACACGGACACAGAUAUGGACACGGAUACGGACACAACAGCCCUCUGUCCAUCAGGCGGUGGGGCUUCCUCCCCAGUGAUAACACCAGCCCCUGCAACAGAUGCUACAGUGCAGAACAAGCGAGACAAGCUACUGGCAGGCUUGGAGCGGGCUGGGCUGUCCCCAGCUGGGGGAGCUCCUCGACGGAGAGGCAGCAUGCCUGUGCCCUACAAACACCAGCUGAGGCGGGCCCAGGCAGUGGACGAGUUGGACUGGCCACCCCAAGCCUUAUCCUCUGGUUCCUCUGACUCUCUGGGGUCAGGGGAAGCAACACCAGCUGGGAGGGGUGGUGUCUUCAAGGUGAUGCUUCUGGGUGAGAGCGGCGUGGGCAAAAGUGCCCUAGCAGGCACUUUUGGAGGACUCCAAGACGACAAUGCCCAUGAACCUGAGAACACAGAGGACACCUAUGAAAGACACAUCAUAGUGGAUAAAGAAGAAGUGACAUUGGUGGUGUAUGACAUCUGGGAGCAGGGAGAGGCAGGUAGCUGGCUCAGGGAACACUGCCUUCAGACUGGGGAUGCCUUCCUCAUUGUCUUCUCUGUCACUGACCGAAGAAGUUUCUCCAAAGUGCCUGAAACAUUGCUUCGGCUUCGGGCUGGUCGUCCCCACCAUGAUCUACCCAUCAUCCUAGUGGGCAACAAGAGUGACCUUGCUCGUUCCAGGGAAGUCUCACUAGAAGAGGGCCGCCACCUGGCGGGGAUGCUCAGCUGCAAGCACAUCGAGACGUCGGCCGCGCUGCACCACAACACGCGGGAGCUGUUCGAGGGCGCCGUGCGCCAGAUCCGCCUGCGCCGGAGCCGGGCCCGAGCGGCGGCCGCGGCCGAGGGCAACCCCGAGGGCCCCGACGGCGCCGCGCAGCUGCAGCCGCAGCCCCCACCGCCGCCCGCGCGCCGCGAGAGCCUCACCAAGAAGGCCAAGCGCUUCCUGGCCAACCUGGUGCCCCGCCACGCCAAGUUCUUCAAGCAGCGCUCCAAGUCGUGCCACGACCUCUCCGUGCUCUGAGGGAGAUCCCGGCCUCGGCCAUCGCCAUGGUCACCUCCCCUCCCUGCGCCCCUCCCGUCGGUUUCCGUUGAGGAAACCCAUCUAGGAAACCAAAAACUCCCAGGAUUCCCCGGGUCUGACCGAGGCCGGAGUACCUGGAGAGGUGGGCUUGGCCCGCCGGCAGCGGGGUGGCGACUGCGGACAUCUCUGUCCUGGGCGCCUGUCCCUUUAAGGGCACUUUAAAGGCGAGGACGUUGACACGUGGGUCGGGGAGGGAAGGAGAACGAUUUGUUUGCAAUUGUUAUUCCUGUUAUUAUUAUGAUUAAUAUUUGGG